GUGACGUCAGCGGUGUCCCGGAUGAGGCGCAGGCGCAGUGCGGUGGUUCGUCAGUGUGGGUUCUUCCAGCGCUUCAGACGCGUCUCUCUCGUUUAUUAUCAGUGUUUUCUCUUUUGUUUCUCGUUAUCGGAAUCAUGAAAGUGCUGCAGAAGCUGCUGCUGCUGCUCUUGCUGGCGUUUCCCGCGACGCUGCUGCUGAAGGGGCCGGUCGUUUCUGCACAGGACGCUACAGAGGAAGAGGAGGCUGUGGAUGAAGAUGCCGCCGAUGAUGUGAUGGCUGAGGAUGAGGAUGAUGAAGCUGAGGUGGAGGACGAUGAUAACACUGAACUAACGGAAGAAAAGGAGGAAGAGGAGGAAGAAGCUCUGGUGGGGGAGAUGAAGGCUUCACCCAACGCUGACACCACCAUCCUCUUCGUCAAAGGAGAAGAUUUUCCCGCCAACGACAUCGUGAAGUUCCUGCUGGGAUUCACCAAUAAAGGCUCGGAGAACUUCGUGGUGGAGUCUCUGGAUGCCUCGUUCCGGUACCCGCAGGACUUCCAGUUCUACAUCCAGAACUUCACAGCGCUGCAGCUGGGGACCGAGGUUCCUCCUCAGCGUCAGGCCACCUUCGAGUACUCCUUCAUCCCCGCAGAGCCCAUGGGAGGCCGGCCCUUCGGCCUCGUCAUCAACCUCAACUACAGGGACAGCAGCGGGAACGUGUUCCAGGACGCUGUCUUCAACCAAACCGUCACCAUCACCGAGAGAGAAGAUGGUCUGGACGGAGAGACGAUCUUCUUGUACGUGUUUCUGUCGGGGCUCGGCCUGCUGCUGGUGGUCGGCCUUCAUCAGCUGCUCGAGUCACGCAAGAGGAGACGGCCAGCAGCUAAAGUGGAGAUGGGAACCUCCAAUCACAAUGACGUGGACAUGAGCUGGAUCCCACAGGAAACACUCAACCAGAUCAUGGCGAGUCGGCGAGAUAAAGCGUCUCCCAGACGAUCUCCACGCAAGAGGACUCAGAAACGCUCGGCCGGAUCAGACGAGUGAGCGACGCCGCCAUCUUCAUCUUCAUCAUCUUCAUCUGUGUUUACAGUGAGACGGCGAGUCUGUCCUUCACUGGACGUCAACAGAGACUGACACACACUCACUCACACACACACACACUCUCUCUCACACACACACACACACACACACGUUCAGGCCGUUUUUUUUAAAGUGAAAGGGCGUGAGGAGUUGGGCCGCUCAAGCUUCUGUAGGUCUGCUUUAUUUUUAAUUGCGAGCGUUACUCU